GCCUCUGCCUGCACCUCCUGGAAUGCUGAUUGGCAGUUGGGGCUGGUGUGGGGGCUGGGAAAACUGUUAUAAAGCUGAAAGAGCUAAGCAAGUAGCUGUCACCUGGAGCUCCCGUGUCCCUUGCCACCAUGGCCACACACCGCCUAGUAAUGGUUCGCCAUGGUGAGAGCUUAUGGAACCAAGAGAACCGUUUCUGUGGCUGGUUUGAUGCAGAACUGAGUGAGAAGGGGGCUGAGGAGGCCAAGCGGGGGGCCAUUGCCAUCAAAGAUGCCAAAAUGGAGUUUGACAUCUGCUACACAUCGGUGCUGAAGCGAGCUAUUCGCACCCUUUGGACCAUCCUGGAUGGUACGGACCAAAUGUGGCUGCCUGUGGUGCGUAGCUGGCGCCUCAAUGAGAGGCACUAUGGGGGCCUCACAGGCCUCAAUAAGGCUGAGACGGCUGCAAAGCACGGGGAGGAGCAGGUGAAGAUCUGGAGGCGUUCCUUUGACACCCCGCCACCCCCCAUGGACGAGAAACACCCCUACUACACUUCCAUCAGCAAGGACCGGCGUUAUGCAGACUUGAAGUCUGGGGAGCUGCCUACCUGUGAGAGCCUCAAGGACACCAUUGCCCGGGCCCUCCCCUUCUGGAACGAUGAGAUAGCACCCAAGAUUAAGGCUGGCAAGAGAGUGCUUAUUGCUGCCCAUGGAAACAGCCUGCGUGGCAUCGUGAAGCAUCUGGAAGGGAUGUCAGAUCAGGCCAUCAUGGACCUGAACCUGCCCACGGGAAUCCCCAUCGUGUAUGAGCUGGACCAGGCGCUGAAGCCUACCAAGCCAAUGAGGUUCCUGGGAGACGAAGAGACAGUUCGGAAGGCCAUGGAAGCUGUUGCCGCCCAGGGCAAGGCCAAGUGAGGGUGUACAUGGGCAAUAAAGUUCCUUCAGCACAGUACCAAGUUUAGCAUGGCCAGACUUGGUCUGCCAAGCUCAACUCAGUCAUGAGGACUUCUGGGUCCAGGGUUGCAGCUAUCCCUAACUCAACAUUGAUGGGGGGAGAAGUCCAGUACCCAUCUCUGGCUAUGGGGGAAGGGGCUAAAUCAGGACUAUGCACACCACGUGUGUGUGACCAAUCCCCUGCAGUGACCCUGCAGCUCUGGAGUCACUUGGUUACAUUAAGGAGAAAAGCAAUGUGCCCUGGACUUCUCCAUGAGAAACAGGAAGUGUGACUCUUGACCAGUUUCCUUCAGGGUGGCUUUCUGCUAUCUCUGUGACCUCUUAACUGGCAUGUCAAGUGUACCUCCCAGGCAGGACAAGUCUAUCCGACUAAGCCUGCAACAGUUUUAGCUCAUAGGGCCUCCAUGGCCUGCUGUCCUAAAGGAUAGGCAGAAGAUGGGGAGGAAGUAGGCUUGACCACAGCAUGAGGUCUGUGGUUUCCCCGGGCACUUCCGUUCCAGGCUACCAGCGGGCAAGUCUGGGGUCAAGUAUGUCCACUACCUCCAGGCAGAUGAGUGUUGGACCAUGUUGCAGAGGCUCCUGGAGGGAACUUUGCAGCCGUGGUGUCUUCUAGAACUGAAAUACAGGAAGGCUCCAACAUGAGUUAUAGCUUAUUUAUAUACUCCAACCCCUUUUUUUGAGACUGAAUCUCUAGCUCUGGCUGUCCAGGAACUGAAAAAGAGCAGGCUGACCUUAUGGCCUUGAAUUCAUGGAGAUCCACCUGCCACUGCCUCCUAUGUGCUGGGGUUAAAGGCCACACCACCAUGCCAGGUUCAUUUGUACUUCCUACAGGAGGCUAAACAGCCAAUUUGUCUGAGGGCACAUAUGUGUAAACA